CACCGUGACCAGGGAGAUUCGGCCGAGCACGAUAUGGUUGCUAGACGUGCCGUGGACACGCGUCAAACUCGAAGAGGGGACGACCGUUGGUAGACGUUCAACGACGACAAUUUCUUUUUCCAAGCCCCGAGACAAACAUUAAACAGUGUAUACGACGCUGCACACUCCGCGAACACUUGUAUCCUUUCUUUUUGGAAAAUCGUCAUACGCGCAGCGUCUACGGUUGGACAUUGAAAGCAGUCGAUAACACGUCCUCCUCUUGCCUAUUCUUAAACGGCGUCUAGACGAUCAGCGAGCGUUAUUGCCUGGUAUCGCUCAUACCCGAGAGAUACACGUUUUGUGUAUAUACACAAUGCGUCGGAUGGAAGGCGGUGAAACAAGGAAGGCACGACGCGUUAAUUGUGUCGAGUUAAUUGAAAUUUUGCAACGUGAGUAACCGAGGGACCGCGCGCCGCAGAAACGAAUACAAACGAAAGUUCGUCCGUGAAGCAGCACUCGUGAUCGUAGAUGACGCGAAUGACUUGCAAAUUCUUUGGUUCGCGCUUACUCUGCUCGAUGAACCACGUAGCUAUCGCGUCGCACGUUGACUCUGUACUUUUCGGCCCGGUUGUUUUCUCUGCACCUUUGAACCACCGGUUCCGGUGCUUUUUCACGUUUCACGGUUCGAUUUAGAGAUCAUUUGGCGGGUCUCUCGCCCGUUGCACGCGCGACACGCGUAUCAGGUCCGAUAAAGUUCUGUGUACGCAUUAUAUCGGUCCAAAUAUUUUACGUUAUUCAUUUUCUAAUUGCCCAUUAAUUUGUACGCAGAAUCGAUGUCUGGUAGACUCAAUGCGUAGUCACCUACUGUGUGCGUUGGUGUAGUCGAAGCUUUCAGGACAAAUUGAUUCGUCACUGAGAUUCUCAUUUUCAGAUUUAUCUAAGAGACAUUGGUUUCCGCGGUCGUACACCUGUUUUUCAAAUUCUCAUGUUUACGGGUCGAAAUAAUGGGUGAAAGUAUUUAUCGAUGAAAGUCGUGGAUAAAGAUAUAUCGAUAAUAUACCUGUAAUAUCGAUCAUCGUUAAGCGUCGUUCGUUCAGGAUCGUUCGCUCGGAAUUCGUAUGUGGUGUUGGAAGAAUUAAGAAUGCUGUGUAUCUUGAGACAAUAUAUUUAUUUCUUAUUAAUAUGGAGUUUUCAACAAUAACAGUGUAAUAGUAGGCGUAACAAGAGAAACGAGAUUUUCUGUUACUUGAGUUGAGAGCAUCAUAAUGUCUAAAUUCGUGAAAUUCACAAAGCUUAGGACUUCUACAGAUCAUACGUUCUGGGCGAAAUUUGCAGAAUUGAAAAUAGACAAAUUCAAAUUGGAUGAGACGGCGGUAAUCAAUGUUUGGGGAAAUUACAAUCUUCAGAUUCUGAACGAAGCCAAUGUCAAUCCCAUGGUAUUGGACUUUGCAGCAUUCAACGAAGAUGUUGAGACGAUUCUUCAUAAUUCGUCAGUGGUUUGUUGUGGAAAGAUGAUUAAUAAAAACACAUUUGAGGCAUUUAAACAAACCAAUCCUGAGACGUUCAUCGAAUCCUUGGGAAAGGACCUUGUGGAAAGUAUUAUGGAUGGAUCUAGCUUAAAACAGCCCUGGAAGUUGUCGUUAUUUUUAUUAUUGGCGUAUUCAGAUUUAAAGAAAUAUAAGUUUUAUUAUUGGGUUGCUCAUCCUACUCCAUUAAAAUUACCUGAAAUGUAUUAUGAAGAACCUCCGAAGCCGGUUAAUGAAGAAUUUACUCCAGCUCAAUUACAGGACCUGAGUAAAGGGUUCUUUGAAUUGCACAGUGGAUUAAAGAACUAUUUUACAGUUUUAAUAUCCUCUGAAAGUAAAAUGAUUAUCAGUGAUUUAGCAACAGGUGUAAAUGUCAUUGAAACGCAUAAAGUUUAUGAGAAAGAAUCACAGGAGUACAAUGAAAUUUACUUUGCAUUUUAUGAUCCUUGUACAAGUUCGGAACCAGGAUGGCCUUUACGUAAUCUUCUGAGCCUAUUACUUUGGCAUUGUCCUACUUAUUGUUUCACAAAAGUAAUCAAAGUCAUAUCUAUAAGAGGAAACAAGGCACAGAAGAGUAUCGUGUACAAGCUCAAAGUCAAAAAAUAUGAAGACACUAAAAAAAUAAGGGAUACUCUGUUUCAUAGUCAUUUGGUUGGUUGGGAAAGUAACACAAAUGGUAAAUUAGGCCCUAAUGUCGCCGAUUUAUCGGAUACUAUGGAUCCAACGAGGUUGUCGGACAGAGCUAUCAACUUAAAUUUAAAGUUGAUGAAAUGGCGUCUCGUCCCAGAUUUAGAUUUAGAAAAAAUAAACAGUCUUAGAUGCCUUCUGUUAGGUGCUGGCACAUUGGGCUGUUCGGUAGCAAGAGUACUCUUGGGCUGGGGUGUGAAUAAUAUAACUUUUGUAGAUAAUUCUAAUGUUUCUCACAGUAAUACUGUGCGGCAAAGUUUGUACAGUCAUCAGGAUGCCGUGGAACAUAAGUACAAGGCGUAUGCUGCUAGAGAUGCGCUGCUCAAUAUAAGGCCAAGCAUAAAUGCAGAUGGUGUAAUCUUACACAUUCCAAUGCCUGGGCAUGUUGUGGGUGAAAGUAUGAUGGAGUCAACGAAGCAGUCAUUAGAAAAAUUGGAGGAGCUUAUCAGAAACAAUGACGUGAUUUUUUUCCUAUUGGAUUCUAGAGAAGCUAGAUGGUUGCCUACUGUUCUAUGCGCAGCGAUGAAUAAAAUCGCUAUUAAUGCAGCUCUGGGCUUCGAUUCCUUCACUGUUCAGAGACACGGUACACGAAACUUUUCUGUUCCAUCUUCUCCAGAUUUAGAAGUGAAAAAUCCUUGCGGCUUGGAUCUGGGUUGUUAUUUCUGCAACGACGUCACGCAGCCAGGAAACUCGCAAACCGAUAGGACGCUAGACCAACAAUGUACCGUGAGUAGACCAGGUUUGUCUCAGAUUGCUGCUGGAUUGGCAGUUGAAUUGCUGGUAGGGUUGCUACAACACCCACAAGGCAUCGAGGCGAGGGCAUUAAUGGGUAGGAACAGGGAGAACAUUAGUACCAAUGACACAGACUUCGCUGGUCUGCUGGGAGGUGUGCCGCAUACAGUGCGCGGAUCCCUGUGGAAUUAUGAUAUGCAACUGACGAUAACGCACAGAUUCACAGCUUGUACAGCGUGUUCUGCGCCGGUUAUCGCAGAAUAUAAAAAUCGCGGCUUAUCGUUUGUUAUGGACGCGUGCAAUGUUCCAAAUUAUUUAGAGAAACUGUCUGGACUAGAACAAAUACUUAAGAGGACCGAUUUGGACGAGCUGUGUUACGCUUUGGAUAAUUUAAGCGACGGCGACGAGGACGAUAACGAAUCAAAAGCUGCACCUUAAAAGCCAAAUAUGCGGACCCGUACAUUUUAAACUUGGAUGGAAGUGCUUCAUCGCCUACAGUUGAGAAAUAAUUUUACACGUCGAAUAAUUCUAUUUAACAGUAUCAGUAUUUAAGGAUCCACACGAUUGAAUUUUUUAGGAGGCUAAUGGCCAAAAGUACGUGGAUAAUCUUAUAUACCUAUUAAUAUUUAUAUUGACUUUGAAUUUUCUUUCUAUAAAAUUGACAGUUGACAUAAACACGUAUGUCAUUGUGACACACAAUCCCAGAAUUGUGGCUCACUAUUAUAGACAUGACUCUCGCAUAAAUGUUUUAUAUGAAUUCGCGAUACUCGAUGUAUGAAAGUGUGAUCACUUUUAUAAUCUCGUUUUUAUCAAUGGAACAUGGAUUAGAAACGAAGGAAUA